CUUCUUUGUUAUUUGGCAUUCUCUCUCUCUUUGAAAGCUUCCUUCCUUGAUUUUUGCAGUCUCCCGAUUUUAACUCAAAGAUGAGACCUCCUCUAACUGGAAGUGGUGGUUACAGUGGUGGAAGAGGUCGCGGUGGGUACAGUGGUGGGCGAGGUGAUGGUGGUUUCAGUGGUGGACGAGGUGGGAGAGGAGGAAGAGGUUUCGGUGACCGUGGUGGUCGCAGCGCCGGCAGAGGAAGAGGCCGUGGCAGUGACCGUGGUCGCGGAGGCAGAGGACCAGGAGGCCGUGGAGGGAUGAAAGGAGGAAGCAAAGUCAUUGUAGAACCUCACAGACAUGCAGGAGUGUUUAUUGCAAAGGGUAAAGAAGAUGCUCUUGUCACCAAGAACUUGGUCCCUGGUGAAGCUGUGUACAAUGAGAAGAGAAUCUCUGUUCAGAAUGAAGAUGGAACUAAGGUUGAAUAUAGAGUUUGGAACCCUUUCCGUUCUAAGUUGGCAGCUGCUAUUCUCGGUGGUGUUGACAACAUCUGGAUUAAACCUGGUGCUAAAGUUCUAUACCUUGGUGCUGCUUCUGGAACCACAGUUUCUCAUGUCUCUGAUCUUGUUGGCCCUGAGGGAUGUGUGUACGCUGUUGAGUUUUCUCACAGAAGUGGAAGAGAUUUGGUGAACAUGGCAAAGAAGAGAACCAAUGUUAUUCCAAUCAUUGAGGAUGCUAGACACCCUGCUAAGUACAGAAUGCUCGUAGGCAUGGUUGAUGUUAUCUUCUCUGAUGUUGCUCAGCCAGAUCAGGCUAGGAUUGUGGCUUUGAAUGCAUCAUACUUCCUCAAAACAGGAGGUCACUUUGUGAUCUCAAUCAAGGCAAACUGUAUCGACUCAACAGUUCCAGCAGAAGCUGUGUUCCAGACGGAAGUGAAGAAGUUGCAAGCGGAGCAAUUCAGGCCAGCUGAGCAAGUGACCCUUGAGCCAUUCGAGCGUGAUCACGCCUGUGUCGUUGGUGGCUACCGUAUGCCUAAGAAGACCAAGGCCGCUACUGCUGCUUAGAAGUUGUUGUUUACGUUGCGUUUAUCCCCAGUUCCUCAGAUUUUUCUCUUUGUUUCGGUCUCUUUAGGAUCUGUAGGAUUUUUUUUUUAUCUAAAUUCGAGUUUUGUAAUCAUAUUGAAUUCUGUUUUUGGUUCAUUUGGCUUCCAACGUUAACUUUUUCGACAAGUUUUGAAUUAUGGGAAAUUUUUAUAGAAUUUUGUCGAUUA